CGCCGCUUUGCGACUGUCGCAAACAGGGAGGAAACGCCGUGCAAUGGUUGUUAUGGAAAUGAUGUAAUUGAAGCUCGUGACUGUGGCCUGUGGUGAAUCGGAAGCCUGACAGCAGCGAUUGGAGGGUGAUAGUAGUGCAGGGAAAAGCCUGGAAUAAAUCAGGAUAUUCUGUAGGAGGGGGAUGCCGAGUACAGCCAUGAAGAAAAAGGUGCUAUUGAUGGGAAAGAGUGGGUCUGGUAAGACUAGCAUGAGAUCUAUUAUCUUUGCAAACUACAUAGCCAGGGACACACGACGUCUUGCAGCUACAAUUGAUGUGGAACAUUCACAUGUCCGAUUCCUGGGAAACCUCGUCCUGAAUCUAUGGGACUGUGGUGGUCAGGACACCUUCAUGGAAAACUACUUUACUAGUCAACGAGACAACAUAUUCCGCAAUGUGGAAGUUCUUAUUUAUGUUUUUGAUGUGGAAAGUCGUGAAUUAGAGAAAGAUAUGCACUACUACCAGUCAUGCCUGGAGGCAAUCCUUCAAAACUCUCCCGAUGCCAAAAUCUUCUGCCUUGUCCACAAGAUGGAUCUUGUGCAGGAAGAUCAGCGAGACUUGAUUUUCAAGGAACGUGAAGAUGACUUGAGGCGUUUGUCCCGUCCUCUAGAAUGCACCUGCUUUCGAACCUCUAUCUGGGAUGAGACCUUGUAUAAAGCUUGGUCAAGCAUUGUGUACCAGCUGAUCCCUAAUGUACAACAACUGGAAACCAACCUGAGGAAUUUUGCUCAGAUUAUUGAAGCAGAUGAGGUGCUACUAUUUGAAAGGGCCACAUUCCUAGUGAUCUCUCACUAUCAGUGCAAAGAACAGAGAGAUGUGCACAGAUUUGAAAAGAUUAGCAAUAUUAUUAAGCAAUUUAAGCUAAGCUGCAGUAAAUUGGCUGCCUCUUUCCAAAGUAUGGAAGUUAGGAACUCCAAUUUUGCAGCAUUCAUUGAUGUCUUCACAUCCAACACAUAUGUGAUGGUAAUCAUGUCCGAUCCUUCGAUACCUUCAGCAGCUACACUCAUCAAUAUUCGUAAUGCCAGAAAACAUUUUGAGAAGCUGGAGAGAGUAGAUGGUCCUAAACAUAGUCUUUUGGUGCGCUGAAGAUUAUAGACUGGGUAUCAGAUGGAUGUAUGACAGAUUGAUAUUUCUUGAUAUAAUUCUUUAUAUCGUGUCUGUUUUUUGAGUAAUUGCUGCAGUUGUCACAUUUUUUUGUGACCUUGAGCAUUUUGUCAAAUAUUUGUGUCAUCUCCUGAAAGCAGCAGUAUCUCUUCAUUCCGGACUCUGCUGUAAAACUCUUAGAACAAGAGAUUUUACCACUUUCCAGUAGAAGCCCCAUUUUUAUGGUAAUCCAUGCAGGAGCUGGAACCUUUUGUAGAGAAGCAUCUGUGGGAGCCUCUAAUAACAAGGCUUUUGACUUUGCAUUCUGCACGUAAAUAUACUGUCUUACUUUUUUUGACCUGACAAUCUAACUUUGUGUUCAACUGCAAAUAAAAGUGCAGUAUGAUCAGUUGUAUCUGUUUAAAAACAACCUGCCCAAGUGGAAUGGAUAUCUGUACUUAUCAAGGAGCUAUGGAGAUAAACACUUCCUGCAAUAUUUAUCCAACGUUCAUGCUGGAAUGAAUAGCAUGGCUACUACCACCACAUCCCACCCCAAAAAUAUGUUCAAUGAUACAUUGUAUGCAAUUUACCAUUUUCUGCUUUUUAUUUUAAAUCUUCCAAAGUAAUGAUGCUUUAUUGAAAGAAGUUGAAUAAUCAAUGGUCCAUUACCACACCUAGAUCAUUCAGCAUUCUCCUGUUCCCCUCCAUUCCCAUGCAUGAACUUGUCUUUGCUGAGUUGCGAUGAACUAGCAGCAUUUCACCUCUUUUGUUUUCUCCCCUCCUUAACUCUCCAAAAUGGGAGAAGCUGUGACAAGUUUUCCUAAGCUACUUCAGUACAAUUCUUAGCAUUUAAUUGGCUAAACGUGAAGAAGUGGAUUAUCUGCUUAUUUCCUGUUAAAAUAGUGCAAAUAAUUUAAUAUCUGAUUUGGUGUUGAAUCAUUUUGAACUUUAGGAUUACACUGUAAUACUUAUUUUUAUUCUUUGUAAAACUGCACUUCUUAGCUGAUGAGAAGGUUGUGUGCAUUACAUUGCAACUGAUUUGGUAUUUCUGCUGACCUGUGUUUUAAAUCCAAGCAUCAACAAACUUUUAAACCAUGUGAUACGGUUGUUUUGUUUGCGAGUCUCACAGGAUUGGUUCUCUGUUCCUCCAGCUGCACUUGGUGAAUUGUGUCUGUUGUGGCCCUAUUGAAUUUUCUGUUGUCCACUCCAUAUAACUUGAAGAAAAAAGUGACCUGAAUAAAAUAAAAAAGAAAACUUUAAUCUCUGCAGUCA